GCUGCUUUAUUUUGAACUCGUUUUCUUCCAGUGGAUCACCGACUAUCUGAUUUUCUUCAAGCCUCUAUAUUCUGAGUUCGCACUGCUACCCUUCAUGUCAUCGUUCAUUGGAACAAAGGUACAGCCUUUCUCCUGUGCGCCCGUAGCACAUCGAGGACCAUGUUCUCAAGGGAAAUUGGAAAGGCAUGCAUCUUUGGGCGAAGGUUAUCAAUGUUUGGGUAGGUAUGCUUCUGAAGUUAAUAGUCCGAGUCGUGCUUCUGCGAAGACAACGACAAUCGAAUACAGACUACCUAGGAUAUUUUAUCAUUCAGUCACAGGCCAGCAUCUUCGAACGCAAAAUUUCUCAUUACGACCUUAACCCAUCCCUAUGACAUUCGGAUAUUACUCUUAAUACUUCUCUUCUCUGCGACCGUGGAUAAGGACGGAAUUCUAAGGGAGAGAGAUAAUUCCCUGAGAAGACGUGAACAAUUCACCGUGUAGCCUCUCCCUCUUACGUUUCGCAUUUGUG